AUGAGGGAAAUAGACGCCCAUUUCGAUGCGUACGAGCAUCUCAAACACCUACCAAGAGAUGGAGAGGCAUUGCACAUGCUCCGCAAGGCUGCGUCCAUGGUCAAGCCAAUGAUGCGAAAACGCGGCUGGAAAGUCGGUACACUGGCCGAGUUCUUGCCAGAUGAGCCGCAGCUACUGGGUCUCAAUAUCAAUCGCACGCAAAGGAUCCUUAUCCGUUUGAGGUACCAUCAUGAUUCCAGGCAAUUUCUUUCUAUGGAGCAGGUCACAGACACUCUGCUGCAUGAACUCUCGCAUAUCGUCUUUGGGCCUCACAAUGCCGACUUCAACAAUCUCUGGAACGAGCUCCGUGACGAGCAUCAGUCACUACUCAUGAAGGGCUACACAGGCGAAGGCUUCCUUUCACAGGGCCAGAAACUUGGCGGUAGGCGCAUACCAGUCGAUGAGAUGCGUCGCCAAGCUAGAUCAGCUGCUGAGAAGCGCAAAGCCACGACUAACCGGAAUGCUGGCGGUCAUCGACUAGGUGGUGCUUCUGUGUCAAGAGGCGUCGACAUGCGCAAGGUCAUCUCGCACGCAGCUACACGGCGAACAAGCAUCACUGAGGGGUGCGCAAGUGGCAGCGCUCAAGCUGGGAAUCUGCUCCAUCAACAGGAACAGGAUGGGUUCCGAACUACCGCUGAGCAGAAUGACGCCAACGACGAGGCAAUCGCGCGAGCCCUGCAGGAUCUCCUGUAUGAAGAGGAGAUGCAGCGGCUUGAGCAGCUCGGCGCGCCAACUGGAGGGGGCGGUCUUGCGUGGAAUCGACAGAACGGCCUGCAGUUUGACAGCAAUCCACCAUCUCGAAAAGCAUCACCAGCACCAAGUGCAUCAUCAGGAUUGAGCUGGAGCAAAGAGCACGGUCUGUCUUCAAUCCCAGCACCAGGCAUGUCCCAACGCCCGUCGCCCCCACGCGCAUCGUCAAACCCUACACAGGGGCGCCCUGUCUCCCGCCUUGUGCUAGAGACGCCACCAGCAUCGUCUUCUUUACAGACAAGUCGACCGAAGUCUAGUCUAAUCACGCAAGAUGAGCAAAAUCGUCGUAACAAACAGCUUCCUCCCACACCGCCGCCCACCUCGCCACGCGCCCCUACCAAUCCCAACGAAUGGGCAUGUCCCCAGUGCACGCUUCACAAUCCUUUGGACUUCCUUCAGUGUGCCGUGUGUGGAUUGGAGCAGCCCCCGCAGCCGAUCCCGCAGCACAAACGUUUUGGACCUUCGCACACAGCACCCAGUCUGCCAGCGCCACCACCGCGAUCGGGGUUGAGAGGGCCCGGUGCAACGCCUUUCGAGCCAGCAAAGGGCAGAAUUGGUUGGAAUUGUCUGCAAUGUGGUACGUUCAUGGAAAACGAGUGGUGGACAUGCUCACUCUGCGGUACUAUGAAGCUGGACUCUUGA